AUGGGCGGCGCGCAAAGUACAGUGGGGGUUGGGGCAGGGAUGGCAGUUGGUACAGGCACCAGUCUCGUGAGCGACUAUCUCCUGAAACCAGUCGUGGAACCAGUCGUGAAGGGGGCACUGAAGUUCCUAGGACUGGAGCGGCGCUGGGGUCCACCGAAUAUCAAGAGAGACUCUAUUUCGGAAGCAAAACACAUCUGGUCGUACGAAAUGGAUCACGAUUUUUAUAUCUUGCUCAUUGUUGGGUGUGCCAUUUUCUUCGGCGUUGGAUGUGCACUUGCUUGCAGAGGCAGGAAGAGGAGAGUUGAGAGGGACAGCUUGUUGCCGCUGUUUGAGGAGAUGGCAGAGAAGGAUAUUGGACGAGAAGAAUGCAGCAUGGAAGACCACAGCUCCGAGCUGUCCGCAACGAACUUCUUUGCCCUUAGUCAAACUCCAGUCCCAGCAUAA